AUGGGGAUGUCUGGUCGCUCGAAUGCGGCUCCAUCGGAGGCCGUAUUCCCCAGGCGCGUGACCUUGUCGCCACACUGCCGGCAACCAGCGCACCGCCAUGCUCGCCCCUCUCCCGCAUGCACACCUCACCCAUCUUACGAGCAACUAACGUUCGACGCAGCGCACCACGGCACACCACUGCCUUUUGGAGAUGCCUUCUGCUGCUGGGUGGACAACGGAGGCGAUAAGACCGAGCCGCAUCGCUCGCGUCCGAAACCAACCUUGCACGCAGCACCUGGCGGCUUCUCGUCAUCGCAUCUGCGCCAGCACCACCAUCACCAUGACCCUUUUAUCCACUACAGCACUAGUGCCCCCUUCAUGAAGUGUGGAGCAACUUCGUCUAUGUCGGCCUCGCCCACUCCCGACGCUAACGCUGCCCAUAUGCGCCGCGUCAAGCAUAGGCCUUAUUCCCGGACUCACUAUCCACGCAGCGCAGCAAGUGCGUCAGCACAGCAGCUGUGGCCCUCUGAAGCACAGGCACGGUGGCUAAGAUCGCAGCGAGGGGACGCUAGUUCUGCGGUGGUGGAGGAAAAGGCACCCAACGCACACCUCGCUCGUCCCCGCUGCGGUCGGCAGCUGUCACCGCUCUCCUCACAGUUGCUUGACUCACCUACACGGGCAGCCAUUCCGACCUUCGACAUUAUGCGCCUUGACGCAUCGCCUUCGCGGUCACGUUCUUCGCGUCGGGCCGCUUCACGAGUGCGGCGACUCCUAUGCGCGCUGGAGGCAGAGGCGCAACGAGCAGGGUGCACUGCGACAGGUGCUGCAAGUGUCCAAGGAGGCACUGCGGAGUUGUACCAGUCCCUGUUCCUGCAGGCUUUGGCGGACGGUGCUGCCUGGGAGCGCCAUGCACGGGCCCUUGAGGCCAGCGUACAGGUCUCUGCCAAGCGUGAGGUCCGCCUUACACGGCAGCUGCGGCACGCACGGCGCACUGUGGCGCUGCUUGCGGCGUAUGUGGAGGGGGCUGAGCGAGUGGUCGAUGUCCUCAGCAGAGGGACCGCCUCUGGUACUGUUGCGUCGACUCAGACUGACAGAACUGUGCCGAGCCGCACUCCUCCAACGUCGCCAAGCGCGCUGAUUCAGUCUGCACCAGUAGGAGCAACGGUUGAUAUGGCGUCAGCUUCACCAUGGCGCCCCACGUCGCGGUCCGCCGUGAGUGAGCUCAUACAAGGCUCCCUCGGCUGCUCGCUGAACCUCGUCUACGGCAUCAGUGGCAGUAGCAGCAGAUACGGCGAGGACGAGGACGAGGUCGACGAUGCUGAGUCAGUUACCUUCGCCGCCAGCGAUGCCACCGUGCCGAGGAUCGAUGAGGGGUUGCGCGCAGCCGCUGUCAAGAGGCCUGGCGAUUGGUGCGCGCUUCACGGUCUCCGUUCCGAAUCGCUUACCUCUGCGCCCAAGGUAGUAGAGACGCGGUGGGAUCAGCCCUCAUGGGAUGGCCACGUGGACGAUGUCGGGACCGGUGUACACGCCCGAUACGAGACGGCCAUGGCGUGGGAGUGCAAGGAUAGGGGGAACUCAGUGCAAAGAUUACACCGUGGCGGCACAGAGGAGCUCGAGACUCCAACGGCGUGGAGCCGAGAGCUGCCAGCUGCGGUUUGUGCUUCUGGAGUGGCUCGUCGUGAGUCGGCGUCGUCAUUUCCGCACGCUGGCACUACUGCGCCGGCUGCUGCAGCUGUGGAGGACAGCCCAGAUCACCCUGCUAACUCGCUGUCUCCGUCUUCCCCAUCGGUUGGUCGUGCUGUGGCAAUCAACACCGCCAUGCGGACAGAGUCAGUGACACCCAAGAGCGCUUCCCUCGAUGCUGUUGCUGUUGUUGCUGCCGCUCCUCAGGUUGCACCCACGUCUGUCGUUCACAGUCUGCUGGAGCUCCUACGCAGUCGAGACACGACGACCCAGGCAACGGCGACGUUGGGUCAUGGACGGGUUGCCACGUCUCCAGAGACUGAUUCCAAUACAACAGCGCAGAUUGCUGCUGCACACCACCUCGCUCACUAUCAGGCCACAGUUGCCGAGGCGACACAAAGCCACAGCUCCGGUGAGGCUGCCCAUCCGAGGCGGGUUAUGCCAGCGAUGGCGUCAUCCUCGUCCUCUUCAGCCUCUAGACAGCCCUUGCUGGCCCCGAGCUGUUCUCCCAUUUUACGACAGAGCUCCGAACCGAAGGCUGAGGGCAACACCUUACAUGCUGCAUCGCUGCCAUCGUUGGCGUCCUCAUUGCUCCCGCAGUCCCAUUCCCACGCGCUCGCACCACAGCCACCCCAGCUGCCGCGCGGCGGUGACAGCGGCUGCAGCAACUGUGGGCCAUUAGCCAAAGAGGCUGCUGCUGUUGGCACUGCCCCUGCCAAAGUGACAGAGCUCGUUCACACGCCGUCACCAGCUUCAUUCUCUUUUCCCCCUCGGCAGACUUCCACACACCUUACUGAUACUCAUCAACGCGACGGCAGUGUGACGACGCACUCUGAUAACGGGCCGGUGUACUUGUCGAGCGAUUGGGAAUCCCUCGAGACGGCGAGCUUGGCUGACGACUCUGGUAAGACGUCCUCAUCUUCCCCUAAGAGACAGCUGGAGGAGGCACGCGACGGACAUCACCGGGCUGUGAGCAGCAACAACAUAAAUGGCGAAAAUAUCACCGACGAAAGGGCCAACUUGGCAGACAACGACGGCUACGCGGAGUGGCGCGCGCAGCUUGAGGCACAUCUGAAUUGCGGCUGGGUUUCGGGUAUGUAA